GUUCAAGCGCCUGCACUGACCCACCUGGCGCGCACCUUUGUGUCCCAGAGGAGUUUAGGAAUAAUAUUUGAAUAAAACACGGUGACCCUUUAAUCGACAGGAGUCUUGGGUUGAACAGACAGAGGGAGAGUAUCGUUAGGGUUCAGCUGAUACGGGACACAAGGGAGUCUUGGCGCAUACAAAAAAAAAAGAUUAAUUUUGUACAGGUAUUAAGAUGAGCGGCGAGUCAGCGGAACCCGCAGAUGCCCGAAACGACCCAGCAGGAGAUGAAAGAAAUGGGGUUGACUUCACAAGACACAUUAAGACAGAGGACAUCAGCGAUUCACCCCAAUCUGUGGUCAAUCGCAAAAACUGCCACCUGACCCAGGGCUCGUCAGCUUCAGGAGGGCAGUUGUCUGGGGACCUGCCCACUCUGCACCCCCUGCAGCAGCUGCUCCUGGUUCCUGGGUCACACCUGCCCCCUGCAUCCCAGUUCCUGCUCUCACAGACCCAGCCAGGGCACCAAGGUCUUCUGCAGCCAAACCUGCUAUCCUCACCGCCACAGUCCCAGGCAGGCCUGUUCCAGCACCAGUCUGGAUUAGGUCUGACUUCGCAGGCAGUUGGUCGGACAGGCCUGUCGGGGUCAGUAGACAGCCACCUAGAGAUUCCGUCACACAUGCAGGUCUCCAAACUCUUGGGUUCCUCGAGUCAGCAGGACGAGCCCAGCGAUCUGGAGGAGCUGGAGCAGUUUGCGAAAGCCUUCAAACAGAGACGGAUCAAACUGGGCUUCACACAGGGCGAUGUGGGCUUGGCCAUGGGGAAGCUCUAUGGGAACGAUUUCAGUCAGACCACUAUUUCCCGGUUCGAGGCUCUGAACCUGAGUUUUAAAAACAUGUGCAAGCUGAAACCCCUGCUGGAGAAGUGGCUGAGCGACGCAGAGAACUCUCCUUCAGACACCAUGGGGAAUGCUUCCUCCAUGCCCCCCCUGAUCGAGGGCUUUGGGAGGAAGAGAAAGAAAAGAACGAGCAUCGAGACCAACAUCCGCUUGACCAUGGAGAAGCGCUUUCAGGACAACCCCAAGCCCAGCUCAGAGGAGAUCACGCUGAUCUCGGAGCAGCUGGCCAUGGAGAAGGAGGUGGUCCGGGUCUGGUUCUGUAACCGCCGGCAGAAGGAGAAGAGGAUUUGCUGUCCCCUCUUGAACACCGUGAAGCCCCAGGUCUACAGCUCCAGACUGGUUUCUACAUCCGGAUCGUUCAGUCCUCUAUCAGUCUCACAGGCUCACAGCACUAUGAGUGGAGUGUCGUCCAGCUCUUCACCGGGCAGUCCCAGCAGAGGGUCCCCCUCGCUCAGCAUCUCAUCCAGUGGCGGGGCGCUGACCUCGCAGAGCAGCGUUCAGUCUCUCAAUGGAGCAGGGUCUUGGUAUAGAUCCUGGAACCACUCGUCCUAUCUGCACUGAAGAGUCCAGAGAAACACAGCUCACUGUUAGCAAAGCUUCAGAUCGUUUUAUGCAAAAAGCAGUCCUCAAUAUCCACAGGCUAUUUUAUUCAUAAAAAAAGCAUUUGAGAAAAAAAAAAAGCUUCUACAAGCCUUUCAAUUUCAAUACAUCUUACUACAGCACUCCCUCGUGGAAGAACAGAAGAGACAAAGGAAGACUGGAAAUGUACACACAGUAAGACUUCAUUUAUAUUAGAAACACGCUGCACAGAACUGGCAGCAUUGAGGACUGCCAUUACAAGACUGGAGACUCCUGUGUGUAGCUGGAUAUGAUAGUACUGUACGAUAACAAGUCUUUAUGUAUAUAUACUGUUAUUUUGGAAUACAGAGUUUAGAAUAAUGUUUACAGCUUCUAUGUUUUUUCUUGGCAUGAAGUAAUCAGGUUGCGUCCGCAGUUUGAACAGCAUCUGCUGUAUAGAGAGCGCUCUGGUAUUUCUUUAUAUGGGGUUUAGAGAUGCUGACACGCUCACACGUGUGUAUUCUGGACUGAGUAUUUUUGUUUUUAAUUGGAAAUGUUCAGUUCUCCGUACAGCUGCGCGCUCAGAAUGUUCCCCAGUAGCCAUAGCUACGAUCAUUGCGUGCACUCGGUUCCAUUCUACUUUUCUCCAAACCCUGGACCGCACCCUGCGUCACUCUGGUGAAGUCAAGCUGUUACAGUUAUGAUAUGAUAUGCAAGGUCUAUAAUGCAGCAUGUUACUGCCCAUGCUCUCAACGUGUUUAAUAAUGAGGGAAACACCUUCUUAAAUAUCUAACAAAUCAUUAGGGCAUUCCACCUCUAUAAUGGGGGCUUGGUUGUUGUUGUCAUGUUUUCAUUGUUGUUGAAGAUGGACGUGCUUAUGAAUGUUUUGUUUAUUUUUGUAUUUUUUAUUUUUAUUGGGGUGGGGCGAGCUGGGUGGGACGGUUGAGGGCAGGCGUUUAAUUUAAAUUUAAAUUAAAUGUAGAGGGUUUUUUUUCCUACAUUGACAUCUUUAAAGG